GUGGCCGCGGUAGGGCUUAGCACGCGCUUACGCGCUCCAACAAGGGGAGUGACAGAAACGGUAUUGACUCGUUACACAAGGACAAUUUUGUUUCUCCAGUUAACUUGGCACGUCUUUGUACUGUGGGAGGAAACCAGUGUUCCCGGAGGAAACCCACAUGGACAUGGGGAGAACAUGCAAACUGCACACAAAAAGGACCUGGGUAUCGACAAAUCUGUUAUGUAACUAACUACAGUGCACGGGUGCGCAGCAGAUCGAGUAGAUGUGGCCUAGCAACAUGAACUCCGAGGGUCUGGAUUCGAAUCGCCCCUCCGGCUGCUGACUAUGAGAAAUUUUGCACGUUCUCCCCAAGUCCACAUGGUUUUCUACUGUGUACUGUGGUUUGAUAGCACCAUCCAAAACAUGCAGAUGGUGGAAUGGCUAAUCUAAACUGUACAGUACACACACAUUCUAAAUUGGGGAGGUUGGGCAUUUGUCUGUGUACUAUUAAGUAGGGAGGGUCGCCUCAGGAAGAGCAUCCAGAUCCAUUGUGGUGACACAUAAAUACAGUAGUACAAAACAAAAACUCUUAUUGUCUAUUAAAAAACACUGACGAUCCUUUAAAGUUCAUGUCACAUCAGUGUUUGUCCUGUUACAGGAAGUGAUGUGACUGAUUCAUUUUAUAUGGCAGCUUUAAAUAUCACAUAAAUUUAUAUGGAUUUAAUGCACUUGUGCUUUUGAUAGACAUGAGUGGAGCUUCGCAGGCAGAAAUGGGGGACACGAACCCAUCAGAGUCUGUAAAGCGAAGGCCAGGCAGGUAUCACCAGUCUGCUUUGAGCAUGCUGGCCAUUCACAAAUCCACAAUGGAGAAACAGGCCAGAUUCAGACAGGAGAGGGAGGUGAGGAAGGCUAGUCUGACGCCAGCACACCAGUACAUGUUUGAAGUCCUGGCUGUUGGGCUUGGCCUGGAAGUUUCAGCGGUAGAAGAUUUUAUUCUUGAUGCCCCAUCAUUAGCACCGUUUGAUGAUUUCUUUGCCAAAGGAGGGUCAGAAGUUAUUUCAUUUGCGUACCAGGAAUCAGAGGUUCCAGGAGUAGAAUGUGGUCGCACUUUUCCUGGCGUGUCGAAGGGAACCAAAAUGAUGCGACUGUUCCUGGCCGAUAUGUCCGACACAUGCUUUGAAGGACUUUGUUUGUUUUUUCUGAGAACCAACGCGGAUGUUGCACUCAACCCAGCGAACAUCCACAAGGAGAUUUAUCUAUCCAUGCUCAGCGCCACAGAGGGGAUGCUGAAAGGAAUAAGAGAUUUGUUAUCAAAUGUGUACAUACCAGCAGUUUGUACAACUGAGAACUGGGGGGCUUUAAACCAGUCUAAACAUGGAGAGAAAAUCAAGCAGAACUUUAGAGAUGACCUGUUUCACUUCACGCACUUUCUGGAUGAGAUGCAGCUGAGCAUCGAGGGUACCGUUAAACUAACAAAAGCCUCAGAGAUCGACUUCUCCAGACUUGUGACCUUUGAGAAUAUAAAAGCGGCGGCUGAAGACGCGGACAUGGUGCGCAGACUCGAGGAGAUUUUAAUGGGGUGGCACAAGCAGAUCGAACAGGUGCUGACAGAAAGGAAUCAGAUUCGUAGAGAAGAUGAUGCGUUGGGGCCUUUGACAGAACUCGAACACUGGAAAAGGAUGUCUGCAAAGUUCAGCUCCAUCAUAGAACACAUCAAAGGCUCAGAAUGUAAAACUGUGGUGAACGUCCUUCAUAUAAACCGAUCAAAGACCAUAAAGCUAUGGCGGGAGCUAGAUAACAGAAUAACUGACUGUGCGAACGAGGCUAAGGACAACGUAAAAUAUCUCUCCAGCCUGGAGAAAAUAUGUCGGCCUCUUUAUAACUCUGAUCCAGUCACCAUGACUAAAAGUAUCCGGACUCUCAUCACCACCAUUUGCAUGAUACAUGAUGUGUCAAGAUAUUACAACACGUCUGAACGAAUGUCUACACUUUUUAUUAAAGUUACUAAUCAGAUGGUGACCGCCUGCAGAGCUUACCUUACUAAUAAUGGCACCUCAAGCAUUUGGGAUCAGGACACACACGAUCUCAUUAAGAAGAUGCAGGAGUGUAUCUGCCUGUUUGAGGAGUAUCGGUCAUGCUUCCAAAGUACGAAGAAGCAGAGGCUCGAGACGCAGCCCGGGAAAUCAUUCGAGGUGUCGGAGAUGUACAUCUUCCGCAAGUUUGACGAUUUCUGCAAGAGGCUCGAGAAGAUAACUCAGAUGAUCACAGUGAUAAAAUCGUUCUCGGCCCUCGGCCAGUCAAGAAUCGAAGGGCUCGAGGCUCUAGCUGCAAAGUUUCAGAACAUCUACAUCAACAUAAAAAAGAAGGAGUACGACAUACUGGCUCAAAGAAGAGAGGUGUUUGAGGUGGACUUUACCGAGUUCAUGUCUCACAUCAGUAACCUGGAGCACCAACUUCAAGAUUUAAUGAGAAAAUGUUUCUCCAAGAUUUUUUCAUCUCAACAAGCCUUAAACCUCCUACAAAGGUUUCAGAAACUGAACAUGUCGUGUCUGCAGGCAGAAAUCUCCACAACCCUCCACCUGAUUCUGCAGCACUACGUCACAGAGCUCGAAGCUGUAAACCAGCACUAUCAGACCUACAGAGAAGAUCCUCCCAUAGGCAGAAACAUGCCUCCAGUGGCGGGCAGGAUUGUCUGGGUCAGGCAGCUGUUCAGCAAAAUACAGGAACCCAUCAGUUACAUUGAGAAAAACUCAGAGGUCCUGUCCACAUCUGAGGGGCAGGAUGUUGUGCAGCUGUACAACAGGUCUGCAGCGGUGUUUGUGGAGUUUGAGAUUCUUUACUAUACAGCCUGGAUGAACAGGUUCCCACAGUUGGAAUAUGCCCUGUAUGAAACCCUGCUUGUUCGCGACCCAGAAUCAAAGAAACUGCUGGUGAACAGUUCUACAAUAAACGAGACAUUACGAGAGAUUAAAUGCUUGAUUAAACUGGGAUUGAAGGUUCCCGAGAAGGCUCUGUAUAUGUUUAGGACAGAGAAACACCUAAAGACAACACAAUUCAGAUUAGAGACGUUUAUCAGCAGUUAUGAGGAUACGCUUGAGGAAAUUCCUGCUAUGUUUUACAGUCUGAUGAUAUCAAAAAUAAAAAAGGUCUGAUUGCUUCAGAGUAAAGCAGAAUACACAACAGCAGUAAGGGCCUGGGCUUGAUUCCCCUAGGUCUAGGGUCCUUUCUGUGUGGGGUUUGCAUGUUCUCCCUGUGUCCAAGUCCAAGGACAUGCAGUCAGGUUAACUGGAGCUACUAAUAAUUGCCCUAAUUGUGUGUGUGUGUCUGUCUGGGGUGUUUUCAGCAUUUUGCCUGGUGAAUCAGACCCACUGCAGCCCUGACCAGGAUAAGGCAGUGGUAAAACAGAGAAU